GCCGCCGCCCCGAUGAGCUCGUACUUCGUGAACCCGCUGUACUCCAAGUACAAGGCGGCGGCGGCGGCUGCGGCGGCCGCGGCGGGCGAGGCCAUCAAUCCCACUUACUACGACUGUCAUUUCGCGCCCGAGGUCAGCGGCCGCCACGCCGCCGCCCUGCAGCUCUAUGGCAACAGCGCGGCCGGCUUCCCGCACGCGCCCCCGCAGGCGCACGCGCACCCGCACCCGUCGCCGCCGCCCGGCUGCGGCGGAGGGGGCGGCCCGCGCCCGGCCCAGGACUACUUCCACGCCGGCGCGGGCAGCCCGGCCGCUGCCUACCAGGCCGCCCCACCUCCUCCUCCGCACCCUCCGCCUCCGCCGCCGCCGCCUCCCCCCUGCGGCGGGAUUGCCUGUCACGGGGAACCCGCGAAGUUUUACGGAUACGAUAACUUACAGAGACAGCCGAUUUUUACGACCCAGCAAGAGGCCGAGCUGGUACAAUAUCCUGACUGUAAAUCGUCCAGUGGUAAUAUUGGCGAGGACCCAGACCACUUAAAUCAGAGCUCGUCUCCUUCUCAAAUGUUUCCCUGGAUGAGACCGCAAGCAGCUCCUGGUAGACGGAGAGGAAGACAAACCUACAGCCGAUUCCAAACCCUAGAGCUGGAAAAGGAGUUCCUUUUUAACCCCUAUCUGACCAGGAAGAGAAGAAUCGAGGUCUCGCAUACCCUGGCCCUCACGGAGAGACAGGUAAAAAUCUGGUUCCAGAACAGGAGAAUGAAAUGGAAAAAGGAGAACAACAAGGACAAGUUUCCAGUGUCGAGGCCGGAGGCAAAGGACGGAGAACCCAAAAAGGAAGCCCACGAGUUGGAGGAAGAUGGAGCCGAAGGCUCUACAAAUUGACUUCUAAACUUUUAAAUUUUUACCGCAGACUAUUAAGACUAAUGGUCAGCAUAUGCUGGUGGAUACCACCCCUCCCCCCUUCUUGUUUUUGAGAAAGGACUUUACCUGUGUUUCAAGCUACCUUAAUGUCACUGCUCUUGAGGUUUCUGCGCUUUGAAAGGGAUUAGGGCGUUUUUAAAAAAUGGUUUGUAGUAUGGAAUAGAAGCAGCCUUUGAGCUGCCCUACAGAAGGGUAAUUUGAUUCCGACCUUGUAGCUAUAUUUUUAUAAUGGUGGUUUUUAAUGUCUGAACUGGUGAUUUGUCUCAACAACGUAAACUUCCUAACGAUCAGCACUAAAUGAUUGAAUAUAAAAGGCUUUAUUAAUCAAACAAGUGCACUUGAACAUUUUAAAUCUUUAUGGUGAGUAAAUUAAAAGAAGUCUAUUCAUAAUUUUUUUAAAAAUUAUGCCUGCAGAAUAUUUACUUUAUAUUAUUUGAUUAAAUGGAUUAUUUAUAUUUUUCUUUCUGCUUUUGUAACGAUUGUUCAGGUGUCUUGUAGUUUACUUCCAGAAUGUUUCUUUGAGCAUUUUGUAAAUGUCUGUCAGGGAAGAGUCUGGCCCAAAUAUUGGAAAAGCACAUUAACUGAAGAGUGCAAUGUAUAGUCCAGGCUCUGGGCUUCCUUAAACUUAGGAGAUUGUUGUGCCAGUGACUAGAGUUUAAGGAUAAUGUCAAAAUCGACAUUUAGCCCUGUUUCUGUAGUUCAUACAAAUUAUGGCAAUUUGAAUAAUCUAGAGAAUUAAUACUUGAAAACUAAUUGCAACAUUUUCAUUAACUUUUCACUCUGGCAAGUGGCCUUGCUUUCAUUAUGAACCCUGCUUGUAAUUGUCUGGGAUUUCUAGAUCUCUAUGCUCUGUGUUUCUGCUUUUUCAAAUAGGUGCCAUAUUUAUUUGUAUUCUCUUUGCACUGCUUGCAUGAUCCUUAUAAGUCAGCUUGCUGCGUUCAUCUCAGAUGUCGGUUGGUACGUCCGAUCCUCUGCGGUUCUUCAGGAAAGCCAUGACUUUACCUAUUUGAAACAAGCCCUGAGUUAAAUGCAGAAACUCCGAGUGUAAACAACCGCCCCAGAGUAUAGCUCUUUAAUAAAGAAAUGUACCUCCUUAAAGAA